GAACCGAACCGAGCCGAGCCGAGCCGAGCCGAACCACUUCGUGUCUCCCCGUUCCCCACCGGGGCUCCAAGCGGAGCAAGGUGCCCGGGAGAGGCGGCACGGUGCCAGGCCAGGGGCUGGGCUGGCAGCGGGGGCUCCGAGGGAGCAGUUUGACCUUCAGGGAGCAGGAAAGCUGAGCCUGGCAGCGAGGAGGGCACAGCACAAACCCCUCCGGAGCGGGUGACCCUCGUGCCGUGCGUGCCGGUGGCCGCCAGCCCCCGGUGCCACCAUGGCGUCGCGCAUCGGGCUGCGGAUGGAGCUGAUGAAGCAGCAGGCGCAGCAGGAAGCGGAGCGGGAGCGCGUGCAGCAGCAGAUGAUGAUGAGCUACAUGCAGCAGCAGCGCAUGCCCGUGGCCUCCAGCCCCGCCAUCAACACCCCCGUCCACUUCCAGUCCCCACCGCCCGUACCCGGAGAAGUCCUCAAGGUCCAGUCCUACCUGGAGAACCCCACCACCUACCACCUGCAGAAGUCUCGGGACAAGAAGGUGCAGGCGUAUCUCUCCGAAACCUACGGGAACAAGUUCGCCGCCCACGUCAGCCCCGCCAGCCACUCUCCCAAACCGCCCCCGGCUGCCGCGUCCCCCGGCGGCGUCCGGCCCGGCCACGUCCUGUCCUCCUCGGCGGGCAACAGCGCUCCCAACAGCCCCAUGGCCAUGCUCAACAUCGGCUCCAACCCCGAGCGGGAGUUCGAUGAGGUCAUCGAUGACAUCAUGCGCCUGGAUGAUGUUUUGGGCUACAUGAACCCCGAAGUUCACAUGCCCAACACGCUGCCCAUGUCCAGCAGCCACAUGAAUGUCUACAGUGGGGACCCGCAGGUGACGGCGUCACUCGUUGGUGUCACCAGCAGCUCCUGCCCCGCCGACCUCACCCAGAAGAGAGAACUCACAGAUGCCGAGAGCCGAGCCCUGGCCAAAGAGCGCCAGAAGAAAGACAAUCACAACCUGAUCGAGAGGCGGCGAAGGUUCAACAUCAACGACCGCAUCAAGGAGCUGGGAAUGCUGAUCCCCAAAGCCAACGACCUGGACGUGCGCUGGAACAAAGGGACGAUCCUGAAGGCGUCCGUGGACUACAUCAAGAGGAUGCAGAAGGACCUGCAGAGGUCCCGGGACCUGGAGAAUCACUCACGGCGCCUGGAGAUGGCAAACAAGCAGCUGCUGCUCCGCAUCCAGGAGCUGGAGAUGCAGGCACGCGUGCACGGGCUGCCCACCUCCUCGCCCUCGGGCGUCAACGUGGCCGAGCUGGCUCAGCAGGUGGUGAAGCAAGAAGCCAGCGGGGACGAGGGGACCCUGGAGCCGCUGCUGCCACCCCCGGACCCCGACUCGCAGCCGCAGCCGGCGCUGCCCGCGCCGCCCCAGUCUCCCUAUCACCAGCUGGACUUUACCCACAGCCUGAGCUUCGAUGAUGGCUCCCAGGGCUUCCCGGACAGCGCUUCCUUCCCAUCCCUAUCCAAGAAGGAGCUGGACUUGAUGCUGAUGCAGGACACGAUGCUGCCCCUGGCCUCUGACCCCUUGUUCUCGGCCAUGUCCCCGGAGGCCUCCAAGGCCAGCAGCCGCCGCAGCAGCUUCAGCAUGGAGGACACGGACAUGCUGUGAUGGGGGGCUGCCAGGGCGGGGGCUGCAGCUCCAGCUUUGGCUGGGUGAGCCCCAGGGUGCUCCUGGCAGGAGGAGCCCGUCCCACCACGCACUG